AGGAUGAAAGAUGGAAGCUGGCUAGCUAAUCCAACUCGUAGCUUGUUGGUACCGGUAGUACUAUGUUAAGUCACCGCAUCCUACAAUGCAUAGUAGUGAGCCCACCCACGCCAGUAACGCCAAUUCCCCCAAAAAACAGGUAAACAAGAUUAUUCACAUAAACGUCAGCGGAACGAAGUUUGAGACGACUUUGAGCGUCCUUCGAAAGUUCCCAACCACAUUGCUGGGUUCUUCUGACCUUGAAUCGUACCUUGAUUGCACUUCGGGAGAUUACUUCUUCGACAGACACCGUCAAUCCUUCGAGGCCAUCAUGUACUUUUAUCAAACAGGUGGUCUCUUACACGUGCCCUGCCAUGUAGAUCCCGAGAUAUUCCGACAGGAACUCCACUACUUCAAGAUACACGAUCUCAUUCUCAAAGCACUCCCCAAGCCAGCGGAGAAAAAGCUCAUGGAGCUUCCCAAACACAAAAACUUACAAGUACUGUGGAAGUUGUUGGAGUACCCUCAGUCCUCAGCUCCAGCCAAGUUUCUAGCAGUGGUAGAGAUUGUGGUUAUUGUACUGGCGGUAGCUUCCUUUUGCAUCGAGACCCUUCCACAGUUUCACGAGAGCAUAAGAGAGGGUUGGAAGAAAAAUGAAACAGCUGCCAUUUUCUUCGCGAUAGAAGCAAGCUGCAUGGUUGUGUUUACUUUUGAGUUCAUUCUCAGAGUAAUCAGCUGCCCAGAUAAACUGCAAUUCUGCAAGGGGAUAUUGAACAUUAUUGACUUGAUCACAAUUUUACCCUUUUAUGUGACACUUUUACUCCAAAAUGAGCGGGCACUUGAUUCGUUUGUCGUGUUGCGAGUAGUGCGACUUGCCAGGGUCUUCCGAAUACUUAAACUGUCGCGACACAGCAGAGGACUUAUAACCCUAGGGCUUGCCCUAAGGGCGUCCCUUCGGGAACUAGCUCUCCUAUUUUUCUUCCUUCUCAUCGGGAUUGUUCUCUUCUCAUCGGGGGUUUACUACGCAGAUUUGACAGAAGCCGACACGAAGUUUAUGUCCAUUCUGGACGGUUUCUGGUGGGCUGUCAUUACUAUGACCACUGUGGGAUAUGGAGACGAUGUACCACAGUCCAAUUGGGGUAAAAUAGUGGGAGGAAUGUGUGCGGUGUCUGGGGUACUCAUGAUAGCGCUUCCUGUUCCAGUUAUUGUAUCCAACUUCAACUACUAUUAUCAGCACCAAGGUCCCUCCAGAGUUAAUCAAGAUGGUUCAGAGCAGAUAGACAAUUUGGCUGAGCUGUGGAGUAAAGGUAUAUGUGUGGUGAGGGACGGAGUGACACCCAGUGCUACACAGUCAGUUCUCAUGUCGGCCGGGAGGAGUCUUACCCUCACGGCUGCUGUUACUCUCAACGCUAACGAACAAGGGGCAGACGGAGGUGGCAGCAAACUUAAGAAAAAGAAGUCGGGGAUAAUUGCGUUGGCGCGGAUGAAAAUGCAAAAACCCACCAAUCACCAACCAAGCUAGCGCCAUAUUCUUCUCAAUCUAUAAUUUAUUAUUUUAAGCCUAAGCUAGGCUAUUACUAAAUUACUUCAAGGGAUACAAAAAUGCUAUCGCAGUUAUCAGUUGCCUGUUAAAGGUUUGGCAUGGUUACCACGGCUACCAGGAUUCCAACCUUUUCGCCUUAGAUUUUUAUAACGCAUGAUUAUUUGAUGAAGGAAUAUUUGUUGAAGAAGUUGUUUAGAAUUGAAUCUUUCAUCAACACAAUGUUCCAAUAAUCCAGUAUGCAAAAUUUCAAAAGCAACCGUUUGGUACCAUUUUAUAGUUUGGCGAUGUUUCCAAAAAUUGUUGACUUUUCAAUAUCAAAGGUCCUGAUCCUCUAAAAAAAAGAAAAAGUGACCAACAACAAUAUUGCAGCGUAUAUUUUCUCUUAAAAAGUGUAUGUCUUUCUUUUUGGAUAUGUUUUUACGUAGAGUUAGAUAUAGAACACUGACGAUUGACAUGACUCACGAGAUGUUCAAGGUCUAUUCAAUUGAUUUCCGGGAGUAUGGGUUCAGAAUGAUUAUAAAGUGGUCAAAAUUUGAUUCGUUGAUAUUUUUUGUUGAAAUAUUUUGUUUUAUCACAAUAUUUUUAAACUGA